AUGAUGAUCUCUGUCCGCGUAUUUUUCAUUCUUUUUAUCGCGUUCAUGCUGUCCUUUGCUAUUACGGCCCAAGCGUCUCCCGCACCCAUACCUAAUCCCAUCGAUGGGCUGCAGCCAUACGUUGCUGCAAAGAACCAUCUAGGACUCGGAAAUGGAAAUAAUACCCUAGCUUUGUCCGAAACCAAUUCUGCGGAGGUGUUCAGCCAGUCAUGGACAGCUAUAAUUUUCGUUGUAGUCGCAGCUGUUUGGAACAUACAGUUCGCAUGA